AUGGACCUGAAAAAAUCAAUGGACGAUCAAUUCUCGAAUCGACAUCCAUGUUUGCCAGUGAACACAAGAAUUGGGAUAGUGGGAGGUGGUCCAAGUGGCUUAUCAGCUGCAUAUGCACUAACUAAGCUUGGUUACAAUAAUGUCACUGUGCUCGAGAAAUAUCACAGUGUUGGUGGCAUGUGUGAAUCAGUUGAAAUUGAAGGAAAGAUUUAUGAUCUUGGAGGUCAAGUUCUUGCAGCAAACAGUGCGCCGGUUAUAUUUCACUUGGCAAAAGAAACUGGCUCUGAACUAGUCGAAUUGGACUCCCACAAGCUUGCCCUCAUUGACAGUUCUACAGGAAAGUACCAGGACAUCCAAGUUGCAGAUGAUUAUAUAUCCAUGAUUUCUCUAACUUUAGAACUUCAGGAUAAGGCAAAGGAUUUAGGUCGAAUUGGGGUCCACUCUGUGAGUGAUUUUGCUUCAGAGUUAACUCCUAAAUUUCUUGAGGUUCAUGGACUCCAUUCUGUUCCAAAAUCUGUGGCCUAUGGAUACACUGCUUCUGGAUAUGGAUAUGUUCAAGACGUGCCUUAUGCUUACAUUCAUGAGUUCACACGAACUUCCAUGGCUGGAAAAAUUCGACGUUUUAAACAUGGGUACAUGAAUUUUUGGAAGAAGAUUAGUGAAGUUUUGCCAAUUGAUGUGCACUGCAACACCGAAGUAUUGUCAGUCAGACGCAGUCUAUCUGGUGCCAAUAUUCAUGUCAAAAAUGGCAGUGGAGAAUUUGAAGUUAUGGAAUUUGAUAAAAUCAUCAUUUCUGGGGCUUUUCCUUAUAAUAAUGGAAAAACUUACCGAUCACCGCAUUCCAAUUCAGCAGAAACUAGGAAAGAGAUGAUGGAUUUGAAUGAGCUUGAAAUGGAGUUGUUCAGUAAAGUACAAAUUGUUGAUUAUUACACCACUGUUUUGAAGAUUAAAGGGCUGGAACAUAUGCCGAUUGGUUUCUAUUACUUUGGGGAAUUCAUGGAUGAUCCUGCAACUAUAGGGAAUCCAGUUGCAAUGCAGAAAUUUCAUGACGAUACAGAUAUUUUCCUGUUUUGGUCUUACGGAAACUCUGCAGAUAUUAGGGGACCAAGAGUGACGAAGCUUGCAAUUGAUGCAGUUCAGAGAAUGGGGGGAGAAGUUGAAAAUGUAGUUUUACAACGGCGAUUUAAGUAUUUCCCUCAUGUCAGCAGCCAAGAUAUGAAGGAUGGCUUCUAUGACAAAGUAGAGACUGCACUACAAGGUCAGCAUAACACUUACUAUGUUGGGGGACUUAUGGCAUUUGAGCUCACAGAGAGAAAUUCAUCUUAUGCCAUGUCUCUUGUCUGCAAGCACUUCGCAAAUAAUGAUCCGUUGCCAAUGUUUCCAUAUGCUAAGGUAAUCUGA